AUGCCCAUCCUAAUCGUCCUCGUCGCCCUCGUCGGUCUACCCACCGUCAAAGCGGCCGACUGGUGGGAUGACUUCUCCAACAAUCUGGCGACGGACCUUGCACCCUUCCUGUCGCUUUUUGGCGAGCAGAUCACCAAGCAGUACCUCAGCGAGAGCAUCACCUAUCUCGACUACUUUAUCUUCGCCACAGCGCCCAUGGGCAUCUUGACUGCCGUCGUAUCAGCCAUCCGCGUCUGCGGCAGCCCGUCCCUCCGCGCCCUCAUCGGUCGGGCCCAGGAAGGAGGCGGCAGCGCAGAAGCUGAGCUCUGUUCCUCGACCAGCUGGGACGUUUGCGAGCUGUUCAACAAUGGAGGGAUUGCCAGGGUCUUUGGUCGUCCCAAGAUCUUGGAGGUCGUCUACAAGAGGGAGGGUUUGAGGCACGAGCCGAGGGUAUCCACGUUCCGGCAGUACAUGGACACUCCCAAUGGGAAACAGGAAUGGAUCGCGUCCCAGACCAACGCACCCGAAGGUCCACAGGAUAUGGAGACCGCAACCGGGUCCACGAAGGACAUGUUUGCACCGAAUUUGUCUCUCAACGUCGGCAUCAAAAAGCCACACAAUCUCGUCCCCCCAGCCAUCGCUGUUGUUGGGCUCGUAUUGCAAGGGGGCGUCAUCGCUUUUGCCGUAGUCGUCACCUACUACCUCAAGUGGGAAAAGGAAGGGCAGCUUCCAGGUCCAUAUGCUGGACCUAGCUUUAUCGGCGGGACGAGUCUCCUGUGGCUCGGUAUCUACCUCUGCGCGUUUGUCAUCGGUCAGAGCACGGAGGAGCGUAUUUUUGAGCGUCAUGGGCAGCACUCGACUUUGUACUGGCUGCAGCCCGGGGGCCAAGUCCUCGGCGACCAGACUUUCGGCUCGUUUGCCUACAAUGACAAGGCGGAUCCCCUCCAGCAAUAUACAACCUCUUGGAAAGGAGAAUCGAACCGUUCGCAACCCGCGGUCUGGGGCGUCGUUGGCAUCACCCUGUCCGGCUUCAUCUUCCAGUUCGUCGGCCUAAGAGGCAUUCACUCCGCCAUCUCCGUUGCCCAACUUGGAGCCAUCCUGGUUAUGAGCGCCGCGCGGGCCGCCCUGCGCAUGCAACGACUGAAGGCAGACAGCAAUUGUCUCGCCAGCUGCGGCCAGGAUGUCCUAGGACACGAACUAGACUGGCUUGCACUC